UCYACGCUGUUUCUGGCUCUCGUUUCUUUUGGCAGAAAAUUCACAUUCUCAUGCCUUCUCUCCUCCCCUCGGCGGCUUUGCUCUAUCACUUCCCCACUUCUCCUCCCGUCUGUGGGCUGGGAAGGGCCCCAGAGCCCUCGUGGAGAUGCUGCUGUGAAAACCAUUGUCCCAAAGGAAGAGCCGGGAGCUCCAGGAGCUGCUGCGAGGGCACGGGAAAGCCACAUCCCCCAGGACUCCGCUCAGGCAGGGGCUGUGGCUGUGGGCUCUACCCGAGUGUGGAGCUUCACUUUCAAAAGCCUCUUUGUGGAGGCUCUUUCCACAGACAGAACUCUGACCUCAGUCCUCUCCAUCUGGGCUGUUUCUGCUCUUUGGACCUUGCUGGGUGGUGCGGUGCAGGGGUGGUGGCACAGGUGGCACCAGGAGGAGGUGGCACCAGCUGGAGGCAGCCAGGGAACCUUUGGCUCGGGGGCUGUGCCAGGCCCCAGCCCCGGGAUGCAGCCCAUGGCCCUGCAGAGCCUGUCUGAGCUGGAGAGGGCCAGUCUGCAGGAGCUGGCGCUGUUCCGGCUGCAGGAGAGGCUGCUUGUGGGGCAUCUCUGCCUGGACAGAGAUGGCUCCAAAGGCAGUAAAUCCAUCCGGCAGAAGCUGGAGAGCUUCUCCAAGGAGAGGAAAGACUGCUCUCCCCACACCUUUGGGAUCCCGCUCUCGCAGGUCAUCGCCAACGACCGCGCCUGCCGGCAGCUGCAGGAGGCCGUGGGCARGAGCCGCCGCCUGUGCCUGGAGGUGGAGGCCACGGUGACACGGUUCCGGGCUCAGAGGCACAGGAGGCUGCCAAAGGGCACCAGCUGCAUCCGGACACCUGACGGGGGCUUCCCUGAGGAGCCAAUGUCCCCAACGCUCCUGGACAAGAGCUCCUGGAGCCAGCGGAGGGGAGCAAUGUCUGUGGAUUCCAUCACUGACCUGAGUGACAAYGCUUCCAAGCUGCUGGAGGCCCUGCAGCUCUCACACCCCCACGAGCUGGAGCCGCGCAGGAGCCGUGGCAAGAAGCAGCCRCUGAGCCUGAACCCCAUCAGCUGGCAGGUGCCACGGAUCGUGGACAGGUGCUGCACACACCUGGAGAUGCAUGGUCUGCAAACUGUCGGCAUCUUCCGUGUCGGGAGCUCCAAGAAAAGAGUCCAGCAGCUGAGGGAGGAGUUUGAUCGAGGGCUGGAUGUUUUCUUGGAUGAGCAUCAAAGUGUCCAUGAUGUGGCUGCCCUGCUCAAAGAGUUUCUUCGGGACAUGCCGGAUUCCCUGAUCCCCAGAGAGCUCUAUGGGGCCUUCCUCAGCACAGCCACCAUGGAGGGGCAGGCCCAGCUGGAUACCCUGCAGCUGCUGCUGUUCCUGCUGCCCCCGUGCCACAGUGACACCCUGCUGCGCCUCCUGCGCUUCCUGGGCCGGGUGGCCCGGCACGCUGAGCGCUCCUGGGACGCCGAGGGCCACGAGAUCCCUGGCAAUAAAAUGACAGCUUCAAACCUGGCCACAGUUUUUGGUCCCAACAUCCUGCAGAAGGARAAGCCCAGGGAGAAAGAUGCCCCGAACCUGGAGGACAGUGCUGCCAUCAUCCUGGUGCUCCAGAGGCUGAUUGAGCACCACCACUCCCUGUUCAUGGUGUCUCCAGAAAUGCAGUGCGAUGUCCUGAGGAGGCUGUUCCAGACAGACCCCGAUGUCAUUGAGUACCUGCUGCGCAGGAAGUCCCCUGCUGUACCGAGCCCAGAGCGUGUGGAUCCUGCAGAGGACCAGGCUCUGUCCCCACUACCCGGCUGGACACACAGCCUGGAGCGCGGCUCCAUGUCCUCGGAGUUGUACAGCAGCGUCUCCUUCCUCAACCUGGAUGUUGGCAUCUAGUGAGCCCUGGCCAGGCCCUCUGCCCCAAACCAGGCAGCCUUUCCAGUGCCCAGUCCCCUGCCCCACUUUGGGGGAAGCCCCUGUGCCUGUGCUGUGGGGACAGAGCUGUGUUUAGGGUUGUCACCUUGCAGGUCCAAAUGCAGCUGGGCCCUCGGCACAGCCCUCCCUUGCCACCUCCUUCCUCCUGGGACUUUGGGGAGUGGAUUUGCAUCCCUGAGCUGAGGGGACUGAUGCCUCCCUCUUGGGAGGAAAGGCUGAGGGAGCUGGGACAGUUCAGCCUGGAGCAGAGACGGCUGAGAGGGACCUUAUCCAUGUGUCCAAAUGCUUUUGUAAGGGCCUGGAGGGACAGGACAAGGGWCAAUGACCARAGGGSAGGGCUAGAUUGGGUACUGGGAGAAAUUCUGCCCUGUGAGGSUGGUGAGGCCCUGGCCCAGGCAGGCAYCUUCCACUGGAUCAGGUUGCUCCAAGCCCCAUCCAGGCUGGCCUUGGACAUUUCCAGGGAUGGGGCAGCCACAGCAGGACACUUUUGGGAAUAAAACAGUGCUUCUGCAAACAAAACCAGGCUGSAGU